UUGAAUACAAAGUUUUGUUAUCUCGUGUACAUAAAUAUACAUAAAUUGAUUCAGCGCCUCUGUGUGAGAAUAAAAUACCCAUCGAAGAAAUAAAUAUUCUGAUGAACCAUUUAAUUUAGUUUUAUAUUAAAAAAUUUUAAAGUACUUUAUAUAUAAACAAAGAUUAUAUAAGUAUCUGCCUAAUUUCCGCAGUUUUAAUCGCACAUUUAAAUCGCAUAUUUAAAGAUUCUCAUUACUUAAUAAGAACUGAAAUAUGUCACUUGCAGGUCUGAAAAAGCAGUUUAAUAAAACUAGCCAGUUUUUGAGUGAAAGAGUUGCUGGAACCAAAGGUUCUCAGCUUGAAGAAGAAUUCAAGGAACUAGAAAGGAAAAUAGAUAUUGUAACAAAAGCUGUAGAUGAUCUUCAUAAUAAAUCUCGAGAAUAUCUACAACCAAAUCCAAGUGCUCGCACAAAGCUUGCUGUCCAGGCAUCCUAUCAAAAAGCUAGAGGUCAAACAAAAUCUGCUAAGUAUCCACAGGUUGAGCAAAAUCUCGCGGAUGUCUUUUUAAAAGCUGGUGCUGACUUGAAUGAUGAGCUGCCGUAUUCUCAAUCACUAAUGGCUUGUGGUAACACAUUUACACAAAUUGCUGAAAUUAAAGAUUCAUUGGAGUUUAGUGUAAAACAAAAUUUUUUGGAUCCUCUUUACCAACUGCAGCAAAAAGAUUUAAAGGAAAUAAAUCAUCAUCGCAAAAAGUUAGAAAGUCGACGUUUGGAUUUUGAUUAUAAAAAGAGUAAAGGAGCCAAAGUUCCUGAGGAAGAACUAAACAUAGCUGAAGAAAAAUUCACAGAAUCGAAAGAGUUGUGUUACAACAGUAUGAUGAAUUUCAUUGACAGCGAUGUUGAACAUAUUGGUCAAAUACAUGCUUUUGCAGAGGCGGUUCGCGACUAUCACCAUCAAUGUGCUGACCUAAUGGAUGCUUUAGUUAAAAAACUUGCAGAAAAUUUAUCAGAGGCAGCGAGUCGUCCAAAAGAGGAUCGUGUCUUUAUUUCUCGUCCUAAAUUUGAUGAUAGUGGAAGCUUAAAUGCAUAUGAUAUUGUUGAAAAAAGUUCACCUCUCACAACACCUACUCCGCCGCAAAGGUCUGCACCAGCUGCACCAAAUCAGAAGUCUAAGAUGCCAUGCUGUCGAGCUAUGUAUGAUUUUGAACCAGAAAAUGAAGGCGAGCUUGGAUUUCAAGAAGGUGAUGUAAUUGAGUUGACUAGUCGAAUUGAUGAAAACUGGUUAGAAGGCCGUUUGAAAGGACAAAUAGGAUUUUUUCCACAAAAUUAUGUUGAAAUUAUAGUUCCAUUAUAAAAGUUAACAUUUUGCA